CACAGCCCAUUCCCAUGCCACCGCUGGCUGUCUGCAAGCAGCCCUCUCUGGAGCCCCCCAGCUCCAGCACAGCCCCCCACCCUGCUCCUCGCCCCCCCAUGCGCUGGUGCAGAUUGUUGCUCUGGGGAAGCAGGUUUCUGGCAGGAGGUAAAGCAGCGAAGUUUAUACAGAACAUUAUCCGGGAGAUCAGCCUUCUCCACGUUACAGAGAUCUUCUCUUGUACCAUCUCAGACCUGAUGCUUUGUGGGAUGGGGGCAUGCAGUAGAAAAGCACUCACACUCCUCAGCAGCGUAUUCGCAGUGUGUGGCCUGGGGCUACUGGGAAUUGCAGUCAGCACGGACUACUGGCUCUAUCUAGAAGAAGGUAUAAUUCUCCCCCAAAACCAGACCACAGAGAUCAAGAUGUCCCUGCACUCAGGACUGUGGAGAGUCUGCUUCCUAGCAGUGACAGAGCUAUCUCUAACUGCAGGGGAGGAACAAGGCCGCUGCUUCACCAUAGAAUAUGUGAUGCCCAUGAACAUGCAGAUGACAUCUGAAUCGACGAUCAGCGUAUUGAAAAUGAUUCGCUCGGCGACUCCGUUUCCCCUGGUCAGCCUUUUCUUCAUGUUUAUUGGGUUUAUCCUUAACAACGUUGGCCACAUUCGCCCCCAUCGGACUAUUCUGGCCUUCGUGUCAGGGAUUUUCUUUAUUCUCUCUGGUUUAUCCUUGGUCGUGGGUCUUGUCCUCUACAUAUCGAGCAUUAAUGAUGAGAUUUUAAACAGGACCAAAGACUCUGAGACCUAUUUCAGCUACAAGUAUGGAUGGUCCUUCGCCUUUGCAGCCAUAUCAUUCCUUCUGACAGAGAGCGCAGGUGUUAUGUCGGUCUACCUGUUCAUGAAACGAUACACAGCAGAAGAUGCCUAUAGGCCCCAUCCAGGCUUCUACCGUCCGCGACUCAGUAACUGCUCUGACUAUUCAGGCCAGUUUCUGCACCCCGAGGCUUGGGUUCGUGGACGCAGUCCAUCGGAUAUUUCCAGCGAAGCUUCUCUACAGAUGAAUUCCAACUACCCAGCCUUGCUCAAGUGCCCCGAUUACGACCAGAUGUCUUCGUCACCCUGCUGAUAACAUGGCAUACAUUGCCGCCUGACACUGUAUCAGUAAUCUGAAAGACACUCGCGCAGAUCUUACCCGUCCUCUCCUUCAGCGUAACCGUAUAUCUGAUAAACACUUAUUAUCAGCUAAUAGGAGUCACAAGCUCAUUGAAUUGUGCCACGGUAGAUUAGUGAAAAUGUGGUCUAUUAGUUGUGGUUAACGCAACAUGGGAAGGUAAAAUGUAAAAAAGUUUAAUUUGUGUUCCAGAACACGUUGUGCGUUUCAGAAACAUAUUGUCCGAAUUUUACAAAUCAGUUAUUGCCAUUUAUAUCACACAGUCCUUGUGGUGGCUAGAGGCAGAUUCAUGAUAAUAUGCCUUUUACAAAAUAACUCCAGAAAGGGACGGGGAUCUAAUAAUAACCAAAAAUCCAGAAAGGCAGAGGGGAAAUAUCACAAUAGCCAGAAUUACAGAAAGCUACAAUAUUCUAAAUUACAGAAAGGGGGGGUUGGGUGCUUAUCACAAUAUUCUAAAUUAAAGGGGAUCUCAUAGUAUAUUAAAUUACAGAAAGGGGGAAUCUCAUCCUAUUCUACAGUACAGAACAGGGGGAUUUCACACUAUCCUGCAUUACUGAGUGUGAGAUCAAAACCAAUCCCACAUUUCAAAAUGGGGAGGGGGAUCUCACAAUAUUCUAAAUAAAUAUCACAAUAUUCUAAAUUAAAGGGGAUCUUAGAAUAUAUUAAAUUACAGAAAUGGGUGAUCUUGUAAUAGUCUAAAUUACAAAUCGAGGGUUGGGGGUUGGACAUCUCAUAAGUUCCUAAGUUAAUGGGGGGUUAUCACAUCCACAUCCAAUCCUAUACUACAGAAUACAUAAUGGGGGAUCACAUCCUAUCCUACAUUACAGAAUAGGGGGAUCUCAUCCUAUCCUACAUCACAGAAUAAGGGGAUCUCAUCCUAUCCUACAUCACAGAAUAGGGGGAUCUCAUCCUAUCCUACAUCACAGAAUAGGGGGAUCUCAUCCUAUCCUACAUCACAGAAUAGGGGGAUCUCAUCCUAUCCUACAUUACAGAAUAGGAGGAUCUCAUCCUAUCCUAAAUUAAAGAAAGUGACAAUCAAACUGCAGAAUUUAGAUUUUAUAAUAACCAAAACUACAGAUUGGACAUUUUUGUUUUUGAACAACUGAAGUUUUUAAAGCGGUGAUCUUCGUAUUAAUUAGGUGAAAGGGAAAAAACGGGGGUUGUAACAGUCUCAAUUACAGAAAAGGAGGGGUUUGCAAUGGUCUAAAUUAUUUAAAGUGAGGAUAGCCGAAUAGAAUGGACUGCAGGAUUUGGGAGGUGGGAGUCCCUCAAUUACCUGGCCUUCCUAUUAAUGCUUAAUGUAUUGUUACAUAGAAGCUGUAAUAACGAAUAUACAGUAAGACAUUGUAGGCCCAUGGAUGUGGCAGUCAUUAUAUUACCAGGUAUUAGGGUGAAUGUAUAUAUAUAAAAUCUGGACAAUUAAGGGAUAUGAGAACAUGACAUACUAGACUGUACUUGGAGCAAGUGUGAACAUUAAAAAAUGUAAUUUGGGAAAUGUCGUUAUAAUGUUUAAUAUCCAAACUCUGUUCAACAUUCCCGACUCAUUUCACUCAGUAAAAUGCAUAAUAUUCUAUCCACAGAGUAGAAAGACUGCUGAAUCCAGGGACGUGUAUGUCAAAGUGUUUUUAUACCAAGCACGUCUAGGGAUUUAUUUACGUGAUCUCGCCAAGGCCAUUCACCCCAAAUCUAAGCUUUUAUCAGAUAUAAAAAAAAAGUACCCACGAGAAAACCUACUUUAUUACUGCAUCGGUUAUAUGUUGCGCCCAAAUUAUACAAAGAAGCGCUAUUGAAGACACAUUGUAUAGAAAUUAGAUUUAGGAGAAUCAAGCAAAAUCCAACUGACUGCACACUGUAUAAAUAUAAAAGCAGGGAGCCUAAUAAAUACCUAACGUAAACAAAGUCUAUUGCAUAAAUGUAAAGUCAGGGGGUCUAAUGACUGCCUAUUGUGUAAAUGUAAAGUCAGGGGGUCUAAUGACUGCCUAUUGUGUAAAUGUAAAGUCAGUGGGAUCUAAUGACUGCCUAUUGUGUAAAUGUAAAGUCAGGGGGUCUAAUGACUGCCUUUUACGUAAAUGUAAAGUCAGGGGGUCUAAUCACCGUCCAUAAGCGCUGCGGAAUCUGUUGGUGCUAUAUAAAUGGCAAUAAUAAUAAUACUGCAUAUAUGUGAAGUCAGGGGGUCUAAUGACUGCCUAUUGCGUAAAUAUAAAGUCAGGGGGUCUAAUGACUGCCUAUUGCGUAUAUGUGAAGUCAGGGGGUCUAACAACCACACAUUGUAUGAAUAUAAACUCAGGGCUCUAAGAAAUGCAAGUCACUUAAAUAUAAAAUCUGCGUAACCUGAUGACUAUGUUCAACGACUGUGUGGCAAAGAGUCUAAAUGGCUGCACUUUGCAGAGAUAUUAAAUCAAGUAGUCUAAUAAGUGUAUGUUUUAAAUCAGGAGAGUAAUGACGGUCACACACAAGGAGAGUCUAACAACAGUAUAUAAUGCGUGCAAAUUAAAUUAAGAGUCUAAGCACUCCUGGCAGUGUAAAUAUUAUAUCACUAUGUGCAUUGCAAAUAGACGACAAUUGGAGAAAGACUAACGUAUACAAUUGGAUGAUAGCUACGGCGUAAUGAAGAGAUAUUCAUACAUUUAAAUAGAAAGAAUAUUAUUUACACGCAAUAAAUUGUUUUAGAACACCAUACAAUGAAAAAGAAAGAUAAUUCCGUACUGCAGUGGUCAGUAUUAAAAAAAAAAUCUUCAGGCGUUUAAAUGUGUUUCGUGAUCACAGGACAACUCUUUAAAAAUUUUCCUCUCGCUGCCCAAAGAGCAGGUGGCACAAAGAUUAUUUAAUGUCACAAUAUGCGUCACUCACGUCAGACAAUAUGAGAGAUCUUGUACAUGUCAAUUGCGUAUAUUUUGAUAUUAUAAUCCCACGCAGUUCUUUCUACCAAACCAUUGUGUUCGCCGAUUUUGGACAUACUUUGCAGGCUCCACAUCCCUUCAGACACGGCAAACAUUAUAUCACACAAUCACUUUACCAGCCAUAUAAGUAGACUUACCCCAGUAACACCUUCACUUCCUUAUCGGUCCAUUUAAAGAAAUCAUGUAAUAAUUAGUAAACAAUUUAUUUAAAUAAAGUGUGCUUAGCUUGCAACCUUCUCCAGUACCUAUCCAGCUACAAAUGGCUUUACCUGCCCAGUACUGUCCCAGCAACCAUUGUGUCACUUGUGAUGUCAUAAGCUGUGAAAGCGAUGUCAUAAACUGCAAAGUUCAA